GUCUCUGUGACACUUACCUUCCUGAACCGCUUCGGCCAGUUUUCGCGCCCUCCUAAACGAAGCCCCGAGAGCCGGGUGGGAGAAGAGAACAAGGAAUGGCCCGCCCACUCCCAGUGACAGGGAGCCGGAAGUGACGUAGCACGUUGACGCAGCAGCGGCGGCGGUGGCGGCGGAGGGGCCAUACGGUGGGUCCGUACUAUCCCUUCCCAGUCUCGGUUCGACGACUCCAUUUUCCUCGGUGGGGGUUUAGCGUUCCGGAGUAGCGGCGGGCUUCAGGCAGUCAUCUUUAGGCAGGCCGUGAGAAGCUGCAGCCAUGUCUGAUUUUGUGGAAAGCGAAGCCGAAGAGUCAGAGGAAGAGUACAAUGAUGAAGGCGAAGUGGUGCCCCGAGUCACCAAGAAAUUUGUGGAGGAGGAGGAUGACGAUGAGGAGGAGGAGGAGGAGAACCUAGAUGAUCAGGAUGAGCAAGGCAAUCUGAAAGGCUUUAUCAAUGAUGAUGACGAUGAAGAUGAAGGGGAGGAGGAUGAGGGUAGUGACUCUGGUGAUUCAGAAGAUGAUGUUGGCCACAAGAAGAGAAAACGCACAUCUUUUGAUGACCGCCUGGAGGAUGAUGAUUUUGACCUCAUUGAGGAGAAUUUGGGUGUCAAAGUCAAAAGAGGACAAAAAUACCGACGUGUCAAAAAAAUGUCAGAUGACGAAGAUGACGACGAGGAGGAAUAUGGCAAAGAGGAACAUGAAAAAGAGGCAAUUGCAGAGGAGAUCUUCCAGGAUGGGGAAGGGGAAGAAGGGCAGGAAGCCGUGGAGGCCCCCAUGGCUCCUCCAGAGGAGGAGGAGGAAGAUGAUGAAGAAUCAGACAUUGAUGACUUCAUUGUGGAUGAUGAUGGACAGCCUCUGAAAAAACCUAAGUGGCGGAAAAAGCUUCCCGGAUACACAGAUGCGGCCCUGCAGGAAGCCCAGGAGAUUUUUGGUGUGGACUUUGACUAUGAUGAGUUUGAGAAAUACAAUGAGUAUGAUGAAGAACUGGAGGAAGAGUAUGAGUAUGAGGAUGAUGAGGCUGAGGGUGAGAUCCGAGUGCGCCCCAAGAAGACCACCAAGAAACGUGUGAGCCGCAGGAGCAUCUUCGAGAUGUAUGAGCCCAGCGAGCUAGAAAGCAGCCACCUCACAGAUCAAGACAAUGAAAUCCGAGCCACCGACCUGCCUGAGAGGUUCCAGCUCCGCUCCAUCCCAGUUAAGGGGGCUGAAGAUGAUGAACUAGAAGAAGAAGCUGACUGGAUCUACAGGAAUGCCUUUGCCACACCAACCAUUUCUCUGCAGGAAAGCUGUGAUUAUCUAGACCGAGGGCAGCCAACCAGCAGCUUCAGUCGAAAAGGGCCCAGCACAAUUCAGAAGAUUAAAGAAGCCCUGGGCUUCAUGCGAAAUCAACACUUUGAGGUGCCUUUUAUUGCUUUCUACCGUAAGGAGUAUGUGGAGCCUGAGUUGCACAUCAAUGACCUGUGGAGGGUGUGGCAGUGGGAUGAAAAGUGGACCCAACUGAGGAUCCGCAAAGAGAACCUAACACGGCUAUUUGAGAAGAUGCAGGCUUAUCAGUACGAGCAGAUAUCCGCUGACCCUGACAAACCCCUUGCUGAUGGCAUCCGGGCUCUGGAUACCACCGACAUGGAGAGGCUUAAGGAUGUGCAGUCAAUGGAUGAGCUGAAAGAUGUCUACAACCAUUUCUUGCUUUAUUAUGGUCGUGAUAUCCCCAAGAUGCAAAAUGCUGCCAAGGCCAGCCGCAAGAAGCUGAAGCGUGUACGGGAGGAGGGAGAUGAGGAAGGUGAGGGUGAAGAGGCAGAAGAUGAGGAGCAGAGGGGCCCAGAGCUCAAACAGGCCUCCCGCCGAGAUAUGUACACCAUCUGCCAGAGCGCUGGGCUAGAUGGUCUGGCCAAAAAGUUUGGGCUUACUCCGGAGCAAUUUGGGGAAAACCUCCGGGACAGCUAUCAGCGGCACGAGACAGAGCAGUUCCCUGCAGAGCCUUUGGAGCUGGCCAAGGAUUACGUUUGCAGCCAGUUCCCUACGCCAGAAGCUGUGCUGGAAGGUGCCCGCUACAUGGUAGCCCUGCAGAUUGCCCGAGAGCCCCUUGUCCGACAGGUGCUGAGGCAGACCUUCCAGGAGAGAGCCAAGCUCAAUAUAACCCCCACCAAGAAAGGUAGAAAGGAUGUGGAUGAGGCCCACUACGCUUAUUCCUUCAAAUACUUAAAGAACAAGCCUGUUAAGGAACUGAGAGAUGACCAGUUCCUCAAGAUAUGCUUGGCUGAAGAUGAAGGGCUACUCACCAUUGACAUCAGUAUAGACAUGAAGGGGGUAGAAGGCUACGGCAAUGACCAGACAUAUUUCGAAGAGAUCAAACAGUUUUACUAUCGAGAUGAGUUCAGCCACCAGGUGCAGGAGUGGAACCGGCAGCGCACUAUGGCCAUCGAACGAGCUUUGCAGCAGUUCCUCUAUGUGCAGAUGGCCAAAGAACUCAAGAACAAGCUGCUGGCCGAAGCCAAAGAAUAUGUCAUAAAGGCCUGUAGUCGCAAACUCUACAACUGGUUGAGGGUUGCACCCUACCGGCCAGAUCAACAGGUAGAGGAAGAUGAUGACUUUAUGGAUGAGAACCAAGGGAAGGGCAUCCGCGUCCUAGGCAUCGCUUUCUCCUCUGCCAGAGAUCACCCUGUGUUCUGCGCCCUGGUCAACGGCGAAGGAGAAGUGACAGACUUCCUUCGGCUGCCCCAUUUUACCAAACGGCGAACUGCAUGGAGAGAGGAAGAACGGGAAAAGAAGGUCUUGGCGCUACUUAGGGAGAGAAAACUGUUAAAGAUCUCCCUAUCUUCAGAGCCAUUUAGUUCCAGUUUUAUUUCAAUCCAGGCUCAAGACAUUGAAACCCUAAAGAAAUUUCUUCUGAACAAAAAGCCUCAUGUGGUGACAGUUGCAGGAGAAAACAGGGACGCCCAGAUGUUGAUUGAAGAUGUGAAGCGCAUUGUGCAUGAGCUGGACCAGGGCCAACAGCUGUCCUCUAUUGGGGUGGAGCUGGUUGAUAAUGAGUUGGCCAUUCUCUAUAUGAACAGCAAGAAAUCGGAGGCAGAGUUCCGGGAUUACCCUCCAGUGCUGAGACAAGCCGUCUCCCUGGCCCGGCGCAUCCAGGACCCUCUGAUUGAAUUUGCCCAGGUGUGCAGCUCUGAUGAAGACAUCCUAUGUCUCAAGUUUCAUCCCUUGCAGGAGCACGUGGUGAAAGAGGAGCUGCUCAACGCCUUGUACUGUGAAUUUAUCAACCGAGUCAAUGAGGUUGGUGUCGAUGUCAACCGUGCCAUCGCCCACCCGUACAGCCAGGCCUUGAUCCAGUAUGUCUGUGGCCUGGGACCUCGAAAAGGGACCCAUCUCCUCAAGAUCCUGAAGCAAAACAACACCAGGCUCGAGAGCCGGACCCAGCUGGUCACCAUGUGCCACAUGGGUCCCAAAGUCUUCAUGAAUUGUGCUGGCUUCCUCAAGAUUGACACGGCCUCCCUGGGGGACAGCACUGACUCAUACAUUGAAGUUCUUGAUGGUUCCCGAGUCCACCCUGAGACCUAUGAGUGGGCCAGGAAGAUGGCAGUGGAUGCUCUCGAAUAUGAUGAAUCAGCUGAGGACGCCAACCCUGCAGGAGCCCUCGAAGAGAUCUUGGAAAACCCAGAGCGACUCAAGGACCUGGACCUUGAUGCCUUUGCAGAAGAACUGGAGAGGCAGGGCUACGGUGACAAACACAUCACCCUGUACGACAUCCGGGCGGAGCUGAGCUGCCGGUAUAAGGACCUCCGUACAGCCUACCGCUCUCCCAACACAGAGGAAAUCUUCAAUAUGUUAACCAAAGAAACACCAGAGACCUUCUACAUUGGAAAGCUCAUCAUCUGCAACGUCACUGGCAUUGCCCACAGGCGUCCCCAGGGUGAGAGCUAUGACCAAGCAAUCCGCAAUGAUGAGACAGGGCUCUGGCAGUGCCCCUUCUGUCAGCAAGACAAUUUCCCUGAACUAAGUGAGGUCUGGAACCACUUUGACAGCGGUUCAUGCCCAGGCCAGGCCAUUGGGGUCAAAACACGGCUAGACAAUGGUGUCACCGGCUUCAUCCCCACCAAGUUCCUCAGUGACAAAGUGGUAAAGCGGCCGGAGGAGCGAGUGAAGGUGGGAAUGACCGUUCACUGCCGCAUCAUGAAGAUUGACAUUGAGAAGUUUAGCGCCGACCUUACCUGCCGAACCUCAGACCUCAUGGACAGGAACAACGAGUGGAAACUGCCCAAGGACACCUACUAUGACUUUGAUGCCGAAGCAGCAGACCACAAGCAGGAGGAGGACAUGAAACGGAAGCAGCAGCGGACCACAUACAUCAAACGAGUGAUUGCACACCCAUCCUUCCAUAAUAUAAACUUCAAGCAAGCAGAAAAGAUGAUGGAGACCAUGGACCAGGGUGACGUGAUCAUCCGCCCAAGUAGCAAGGGUGAAAAUCACCUGACCGUGACCUGGAAGGUCAGCGAUGGCAUCUACCAACACGUGGAUGUGCGGGAAGAAGGCAAGGAAAAUGCCUUCAGCCUGGGAGCCACCCUGUGGAUCAACAGUGAGGAAUUUGAAGACUUGGAUGAGAUUGUUGCUCGCUAUGUACAGCCCAUGGCGUCCUUUGCCCGGGACCUCCUGAACCACAAGUAUUAUCAGGACUGCAGUGGUGGUGACCGUAAGAAAUUAGAAGAGCUGCUCAUCAAAACUAAGAAGGAGAAGCCCACUUUCAUCCCUUAUUUCAUCUGUGCCUGCAAGGAACUGCCCGGCAAGUUCCUACUGGGAUACCAGCCCCGGGGUAAACCCAGGAUAGAAUAUGUAACAGUGACUCCCGAAGGAUUCCGGUACCGGGGCCAAAUCUUCCCUACUGUGAAUGGACUUUUCAGAUGGUUUAAGGAUCACUACCAGGAUCCUGUCCCGGGCAUCACCCCCAGUAGCAGCAGCAGGACCCGGACACCCGCUUCUAUCAACGCCACCCCAGCCAACAUCAACCUUGCAGAUCUGACACGAGCUGUGAAUGCCCUGCCCCAGAACAUGACCUCACAGAUGUUCAGUGCCAUUGCAGCCGUGACAGGCCAAGGACAGAACCCUAACGCCACCCCAGCCCAGUGGGCCUCCAGCCAGUAUGGCUAUGGCGGCAGCGGAGGGGGCAGCAGCGCUUACCACGUGUUCCCAACGCCAGCCCAGCAGCCAGUGGCCACACCGCUCAUGACCCCCAGCUACUCGUACACAACCCCCAGCCAGCCCAUCACCACACCACAGUACCACCAGCUCCAGGCCAGCACCACCCCCCAGGCGGCCCAGGCCCAGCCCCAGCCCUCUUCCAGCUCUCGGCAACGGCAGCAGCAGCCAAAGUCCAGCAGCCACGCCGCCAUCGACUGGGGGAAGAUGGCAGAGCAGUGGCUCCAGGAGAAGGAAGCCGAGCGGCGGAAACAGAAGCAGCGGCUGACACCCCGGCCCUCCCCCAGCCCUAUGAUCGAAAGCACCCCCAUGUCCAUUGCCGGCGAUGCCACCCCGCUCCUGGAUGAGAUGGAUCGGUAGGGGGCCCGCUCCUAGGACUCUGGUUACCUCUGAGGCUGGGAGAGGCCCAGCCGCCCACUGCCUCACUCCCUGCCCCUCUUUUUCUGUCCAUAAAGUGGUGUGAGUUGACAUUCUCUUUGGUGGUCAGCCUGGAUGGGUGACAAGCUGGACGGCCUUGCGAAUUUGAGCUCAGUGUACGCUAGGCGACAAUUCUCCCACUCCAGGCCCUCACCGACCACCUGUCCCGGGACCAGGCUGGGAGGGGAGUGUGGCGGGGAGGAAGAAGAGGAAGACGAGAAUGAGAGUGGAACAGUUUUGUAUUCUGCUCCCUACAAGCCAUUUUGAGCUUCUGCCCUCACCUGACUCUGGGCUGUGACCCUGGGGCACCAAGCUCAGCACAUGAGUUUCCCCCAGCUCUUGAGGGGAGAGGAAUGCUAUUUAUUCAGUUUGGGGCAGGAGGGAGAGGAGGGAAAGUAUUUCUGACCCUGAUGCCGACAGCUUGGGUGGCUAGCAAAGCAGAAUUGCAGGGGACCUGGGGGAGCAGUGCUAACCUGCCCCGUGCCCGCCUGGCCGCCUUCACCCACCUGCUGCUGCCUCCGCUUCCUGCCUGUCAUUUGAAUAAACAGUGUUUCUACAGA